CUCCAUCCCUCUAUAUAGGCGGGGGUACAGGCGGUCCCUGCAGUCGCGCUUCUUCUCUCGCCAGGAUAACCUCCCUGUCUCGCACCUCACAGGCUUGCUUCCAGACAAAGGAGUCCAAAGUCACUAGACAACUUUCAAGACAUGAAGCCUAGCGCAGCAGUGUUGGCUGAGUGUAGCGCAGUGCUCUGCAUGCUACUGCUGCUCUCUGAUGUAGCAUCUACUGCACCCGCUCCAUAUGACUAUGAUAGUGUGAGGGACCUGUACGAGGUGCUGCUCCAGCGUGAGGCUAUGGCGGAUAAUUUGCUGAACCAACACAGGAUUGUCCGGAAGAACAACCGAUCUCCUUCCUUAAGGCUCCGCUUUGGACGCCGCAGCGACCCUGCUAUGUACCAGGGAGAGAGGGCCAUGAUGAGUCUGGAGGGACCGCUGGACAACUAGAUGACAACACAUCCAUAGCAACAAGCUCUUUGGUUGUAGUUGUUUACCAUAAUUUGAUGUUGUAACUAUAGCCUAAUAGUAUAAUAUACCAUUUUAUUGCAUAGAUUUACGCCAAACUUUUGAUUAACAGAUUUAUUAGUCUUACUUUCAAUGAUUAUUGAAUAAUUUAAAUAUAAAACCCAAAACAGCUAUAAAUUCAAUUUUAAAGCGUACAAUUUGUUUUAGCCAAUAGUAUGUUCAAACUUGAAAUACUCUACAGCCCUUUAAGCCAUUCAUGGUUACUAAACUCCUUUUUGUAUAUUGAGUUUUCAAGGCAAAUUAAAAUUUGACUUAAUAUUUUAUUACUGUAUGUAAUUACGUUAACGGCAUGUGAAAAUAUGUAUUCUGUAGAAUACUUAUAAUUCUGUUCAUUGCCCAAAUUCAAGAGGGAAAGUAUUACAAAAAACGUACUUUCUACUAAAAACUCAACGUAAUGAAUGCCCAACGUCACUCUAACAGAGCCAAACACAACUCUAGGUACAGCGUGCUUGUCUAGGUUAGGUUGUGUUAGAUUAGUGUAGGUUAGGUUAGAAUUAGUUAGGUUAGGUUAGAUCAUAGGAUUUGUGUACUUUAAAUUAUAAGUUACCUGGUGACAAGUAUUUGCCUAGGUUAGGUUGUGUUAGGUUAGUUUAGGUUAAGUUAGAUUAAAUUGGAUUAGUAUAGAUUAAAUUAUAAGACAUCAAAUCGUAAACUUUUCAAAAACAUACAAUUUUACAAAAUAAAAUUACAAUUCAUACAAUACCUCACAAUAUCAAGGUAAAGCGUAUUACACUAUAAAACACAUUAUAAUUUUAUCCUUUUCCAAUAAUGAUAUGUAAAUCUAUGGGAUGCCAAAGUAUUCUAUAUAAUGCAAAACUGCCGCUAACAUUUACAUACUGAAAACUCAUUUUUACGUCUACUUUUUAUUACCUCCAGUAUUUGUUUUGGAUUUAUAGACACCUCUUUCUUUGGAAUGUUAAUUUUGAUUAAGAAACACUAUUUAUUAUUAAUUUUGAAACUAAGACACUUUUUAGCUGCAUAUAUCUACCCCCUAUAAUACCUAUAAAGCUAUAUUCUUUAAAGAUAUAUUAAAAUCUUUUUAUUUAUCAACAAUUUUGCUAGGCACCAUUAAUUUUAGGCUAUAUUUGAUAAACAACUUUCCGAUCGCAGUAUUAUAUGUUAGAUAUAUAAUUAUAAUACAUAUUUAGUUACAUUAAAAUAAGUUUAAGCUCGCUAAUUUAGUAUAAUGGUAUAUUAUACUACAGUUAGAUUAGGCAAUUGAUGUAUUUUUCAAUGAAUGUCCAGUAAAAGUUGUCAUACUGAUAAAGAGACUUAUUUCA